UAAGUGAACCUUUAAUGCUCUCUGUUAAGUUAAAGUGUCUUCACUUCGUGGCAGAGAAAUAAAUGCCAAAAUGUCUUGCAUAGAGAAUAAUUAUAUAAGUUGAACAUCUCUAAUCUGGAAAUCUAAAAUGCUCCAAAAUCCGAAACUUUUUGAGCACCAACAUGAUUUUCAAAGGGCAUGUUCAAAGGAAACGCCCCAGGAGCAUUUUGGACUUGAAAUUUUGGGUUAGGGAUGCUCAACUAGAAAGUAUAUAGUGCACAUAGAGUAUUCCAAAACUUGAAAAUAUCUGAAAUCUGAAAUACUUCUUGUCUCAAGCAUUUUGGAUAAGGGAUACUCACUGUGUAGUACAGUAAGUAGUUCAGAGCGUGGUUUUAGAAACAAGAUCAGUCCUUGGUUGAAUCCCAGCUCUGCUACUUUUUAGCUAUGUGACCUCAGGUAGGAACUUCAGUUUUUUAUCUGUAAAUGGAGAUAAUUAUAGCGUCUCAGUGUGGAUGUGAAGAUUAAAUGAUAUAUUAAGCACCGAGGACAAUGUGUAGAACUAACUACUAUUAACAUUAAUUUCGUUGCAGGGACAAAAUUACUAAUUAUAUGUAUUUACAAUUUUCCUUUCCCUUACUUUGUAAGAAGAGUGGUUCCUGAGCAAGUUUUUAACAUUUUUUGAGGAGGUAUACUGGUUGUCUACUGCUGCAUAACAAAGUACUAUAAACUUUGUGGCUUAAAAUAGCAUAAUCCAGGAUCUCACACUUUUCUGGGUCAGAAGCCUAAGCAUGGAGUAGCUGGGUUCUCUACUCAGGGUCUUACAAGGCUGAUAUCAAGGUACUGCAGUUGUACGGCAAGGUACUGCUAGGCCUAGAGUCCAUCUGGAGCUCCAGUCCUCUCGACCUCAUUGGUUUUUGGCAGAGUUCAUUUCCUGCAGUUGUGGAACUAAGGUCUUGUUUUCUUGGUGGCUGUGUGGAUGUUAGUAAUGAUGUAUGUAGUCUGGGCAACGAUCAGGAAAGUUGGUAACGGGUGAAGUGAAGGGAAAGUUUGUGCAAAGUGAGGUCAAAGAAGUGAAAAGUCAGGUAUUGGUAUGCAUGGACUUGAAGUUUGUCGUGAACAAGGGAGAGGAUAGGAGCAAUAACAACAAAGGUGACAGUGAGCUAGUUGCCAAAAUUGUCAGUGAAUUUAAAGUAGUACCAGGGAGGCUAUAGGUCAGCACACCAGGGAGCAUGGUGUCAUCCCCCAAGGCGUGUGCUUCAGAGGAGCUGAGACGUUUGAGAGAGGAGGGAAGAGAAGCAUUGAGGAACAAGGAGAUCAUCUGUCUCCUCUCCCAUUCUGGACUCUGUGGUACCUGGUAGGUAAGCACUAAACAGGAGCAACAGUGGCUGCCAGGGAAGGCCUAGUCUCCAUUAGAGAAAAGACAUGCCAGAGAGAGAAUGUUUUGUCUUUUAACAAAAAUUUGAAAGUUAACUUCGUUUUAUAUUCAGAUAUGACACCUGCAGUUUUAUCCUGGGAAACUCUAUAUGUGAUUUAUAUUUCCUGCUUCUUAUGCUCAGUGCAUCUAGCUGAUUAGCAUCUUUGUUUUCAUUUCUGUUUUCCAGUUCUCUUAUUGAUUUUUUUUUUCUCAAAUCUACAGUUCCUAAAAAUGGUCUUAAUGAAAAUCAGCACCAUUUAAAGUGAAUACUCCUAGACAGUCUUAUUUCUUACCCUUCAACCACAAUUGUAAUCCCAGCUCUUAGCUUUUAUCCUCUUACCACUCUGGAAGCAGCUUGAGGAUCGUAGACAUUAGGGGACUUGAGAGGAGUCAAGGAAGGAGAGAAAGUGGCAGAUGGAAUUUUCCUCAUUAUUACAACUUAGCCAUGGGAUGGGCCUGCCUAUAUAUCUGUCUGUAUGUAUUGUCUGUCUAGCUCUGGGUUUUUGCUAGCUCUAAUUCCCUUCCACCAGCCUAUCACCAUGUUUGUUCUUCCCAUUCCAUAUACAUGAUAUUAAAACACACGGCUCUCUUUUAUUCCUUGUAGCUUCUUUCUUCUGGAGGGUUUACAUUUCUUACAGACUAUUUGACGAACUCUCUUGUUGUUACUAUAGAAGUCACCUCCUUAAGUCAGACCUUGCUGUGCUCCCCAUCCCUGCACAGUCCAGUAGCCUCCCCAUGGAAGUCCUUUUCCUCUUGUCUGUAAGCAUUAGGGAUCCUCUUGAUGACCUCUUCCCACUGCUUGUUGCAUUUAAAACCCUCAACCCUAAGAAUGCCAUUGCUUUGAUGAUUUACUCAAUAGCUGAGAGCAGAUCAUUUGCAGAUUUUCCCCUCAAAUGCAAACUUCUCUUGUUUAGUGUGUAUAGGACAUGUGAAAAUACUGUCAACUUGAAGGACAAACUAAGCUUCCAGUAGAGUAGAGAUAGAAAUGGUGAAGACUGUAUAUUAUGAAGUGAAGUCACCCUGUCCUUUACCGUUUGAAUGACUUUGGACAAAUCACUCAAGGUCUCUGAGCUUCAGUUUCUUCAUCUGUCAAAUGAGAUAAACAGUACCUAACUGUGUGGUUGCUUUAAGGGUUAAGUGAAGUAAUAAUGCAUGUAAAGCAACAAUGUCUGGCUCUUGGAAAAUACUUGGUAAAUAUUAUUCUUUCCUCUAUUCUCCUUUUCUCUCAACUCCUAUCUAAUCCAAUUAUCUUUUCAUAAAAUCUCCAGAGCUUUGGUGUCAUCUUUUACUUCUUGUUAUUCAUCCCUUUUAUCUGAUUAGUAACUACAUUUAUUAUUACUUCCUACAGGAAAUAUUAGACAGUCAUGACUUCAUCUCAGGCCCUACUUCCUGUCGGUAUACACUGAUAUUCACUAUUUCCCAGUCACUUUUGGUGCAGUUCUUUACCAGCCUUCCUAACAUCUUCUCUAAAGACAGAAUUUCAGAAAAGUUUUUCAGUUUUCCUUUGAACCUCUAUAAGCAGUUCUCUCAACUCAUAGUGUCUCUUACUUGAACUCCACAGUAGGUAUAAAGAUCUUAUUUAGAGAGCCAUAAAAAUCCUGCAAUGCCUUGUCCAGUUCACUUCUCUUUUUUUCUCUCUGGACUGCUUGUGUUGCAGCUAAACUACCCUCUCCACAGAAUCUGCCCUCAGCCAUCCUUCACCCAUGCUGGGCCUCAACUCCCCCUGGACAGAAUGGUUUACCUAACUUAUUGCUGUUGUUUGUACAGCCUGACUUUGAAACUGAAAGUUAGCAAAGGAGAAGAAUGUCAUGUCCUUCACCUGUCCUCAAGCUGAUCAGUGCAUCACCCUUCAUCCACUACACUGUGUGUUGAGGUUUCUGCGGCACUGAAACAAGGCCAAAUUACACCAACAGAGCUCUGUCAAAAAUGUCUUUCUCUUAUCAAGAAGACCAAGUUUCUAAAUGCCUACAUUACUGUAUCGGAAGAGGUGGCCUUAAAACAAGCUGAAGAAUCAGAAAAGAGAUAUAAGAAUGGACAGCCACUUGGGGAUUUAGAUGGAAUUCCUAUUGCAGUAAAAGACAACUUUAGCACAUCUGGCAUUGAGACAACAUGUGCAUCAAAUAUGCUGAAAGGUUAUGUACCCCCUUAUAAUGCUACAGUAGUUCAGAAGUUGUUGGAUCAGGGAGCUCUACUAAUGGGAAAAACAAAUCUAGAUGAAUUUGCUAUGGGAUCUGGAAGCACGGAUGGUGUAUUUGGACCAGUUAAAAACCCCUGGAGUUAUUCAAAACAAUAUAGAGAAAAAAGGAAGCAGAAUCCCCACAGCAAGAGUGGAGAUUCAGACUGGCUGAUAACUGGAGGAAGCUCAGGUGGGAGUGCAGCUGCCGUGUCUGCGUUCACAUGCUAUGCGGCUUUAGGAUCGGAUACAGGAGGAUCCACCAGAAAUCCUGCUGCCCACUGUGGGCUUGUUGGUUUCAAACCAAGCUAUGGCUUAGUUUCCCGUCAUGGUCUCAUUCCCCUGGUGAAUUCGAUGGAUGUGCCAGGAAUCUUAACCAGAUGUGUGGAUGAUGCAGCAAUGGUGUUGGGUGUACUGGCUGGACAUGACCCCAAGGAUUCUACCACAGUACAUGACCCUAUUAAUAAACCACUUGUGCUUUCCAGUUUGGCAGAUGUGAGCAAACUAUGUAUAGGAAUUCCAAAGGAAUAUCUUGUACCAGAAUUAUCAAGUGAAAUACAGUCUCUUUGGUCCAGAGCUGCUGACCUCUUUGAGUCUGAGGGGGCCAAAGUAAUUGAAGUAUCCCUUCCUCACACCAGUUAUUCAAUUGUCUGCUACCAUGUAUUGUGCACGUCGGAAGUGGCAUCGAAUAUGGCAAGAUUUGAUGGGCUACAAUAUGGUCACAGAUGUGACAUUGAUGUGUCCACUGAAGCCAUGUAUGCUGCAACCAGACGAGAGGGGUUCAAUGAUGUGGUGAGAGGAAGAAUCCUCUCAGGAAACUUUUUCUUAUUAAAAGAAAACUAUGAAAAUUAUUUCGUCAAAGCACAGAAAGUGAGACGCCUCAUUGCUAACGACUUUGUGAAUGCUUUUAACUCUGGAGUAGAUGUCUUGCUAACUCCCACCACCUUGAGUGAAGCAGUACCAUACUUGGAGUUCAUCAAAGAGGACAACAGAACACGAAGUGCCCAGGAUGACAUUUUUACACAACCUGUAAAUAUGGCAGGAUUGCCAGCAGUGAGUAUCCCUGUUGCACUCUCAAACCAAGGGCUGCCAAUAGGACUGCAGUUUAUUGGACGUGCAUUUUAUGACCAACAGCUUCUUACAGUAGCCAAAUGGUUUGAAAAACAAGUACAGUUUCCUGUUAUUCAACUUCAAGAACUCAUGGAUGAUUGUUCAGCAAUCCUUGAAAAUGAAAAAUUAGCCUCUGUCUCUCUAAAACAGUAAACGUAUCUUAAAAUUUAAGAUGACUUUUAGGCCAGGUGUGGUGGCUCACACCAGGAAUCCCAGCACUUUGGGAGGCCAAACCAGGCAGAUCACUUGAGAUCAAGAGUUCGAGACCAGCAUGGCCAACAUGGUGAAACUCCAUCUCUACUAAAAAUACAAAAAUUAGCCGAGCAUAGUGGCAGAGCCUGUAGACCCAGCUACUCGGGAGGGUGAGGCAGGAGAAUCACUUGAACCCCAGAGGCAGAGGUUGCAGUGAGCUGAGAUUGCACCACUGCACUCCAGCCUGGGUGACAGAACAAGACUCUGUCUCAAAAAUAAAUAAAUGACUGACUUUGGAGAUUCUAUACUCUAGGGAGUCAAAUGGUCUUGCUCAAUUCUUGUAAUUAGGUUUCUUGUUAAUACAGUCAUUCUAUGAAUCACUUUUUUAAAUUCCUGUGAUAAUUAAUAAUAAAUAAUGUGUUGGCAUUUAUUAACCAUCCAGUAAGUGCAAAGUGCAGUACUUCUGUGAUAAUGCAAGGUAUCUGUUCUUCAAAAACAAUGCAUUCUACCAUAAUGUUUACUAAAGAGUUUACUGUAAAAAUAAGAUUAGGGAUAAACUUCUCAAAAUGUGUACAUCUGUGUAACUAAAGCACUAACAAAAACAUGAACAGUCUCUAGAGAUAACCUGGAUAGCCUAGGCAGAUAACUUAUCAUGUGGUGGAGGCUGCCUGAGGGGUUGUUAAAAAACUGCACAGAAACAAUUGAGUGGGAUUAUUGGCUUCUGAGUGCUGAGCAGAGCAGGUGGAAGAGGAGCUCUGAGCACAGGAGGAAGUGCAGCCAGUCAGGGCCCAGAAUCAUGCAAAUCAGGGUGUAUGCCUCCUGGGGAGGAGCCCCAGGUGCGGGCACUCCUUUUAUUUCCCUAAGAGCUGAAAUGACUGAGAACUUUCCUUUCCUCCUUAGAGUUAAAAUUUUACUUCUGCUAUUUCAGAGCCCGUGCCUAGACACCAGAAGAACUCCAUGUUACACUGAGUUCAUGCUCCUGUUUCCUGAUCACAAAUGAGUUCAUUGAUGUCGUAGAAACAUUUGUUGCAACCUAACAGACCAUCACAGAUUGGAAACUUGAUAGAUAGCAGUGCAUGCUUUUAGUGAAAAAGGUUCAAAAUACACGAGGAACAUACACUCUGAAAAACGUGCAGAGAAUUUGGUAUUGAUGCCAAAGAGGGGAAGCGCAUGGCAAGACCUUGCCUUACCCCAGAUUCUCUGUAUCUCAUGGUUUCCUUGUCCUCUUGACUAUCUUUACAAGUGUUUUUUAUUUGGGCCCCUUGAGCCCAGAGAGAUAUUAAUGGAGAUCUGUAUUCAAUAUUUGACAAAAAUCUAAUGGAAGCCAUCCAUUUACUCAUAAGGCUUCAUCAUUGGAUUUCUGUGUCUUGUCUUCACUAGAAUACCAAUGUCAUCUCAUAUUGAGAGGUAUUUUAAUCCAGCACUUACAUAUUGUUGAUAAAUAAAAAUAGAAAGCUGAAUUGUUAAUUCACUUCAGUAAGAAAAAAUUAUUUUCUAAAUAUGAUGUUCAUGAAGAGAAAAUGAGUCAGGAUCAUCUGCAGAACCACUGGAAUAUUUCGUCAUUACCUGUUAGUUUUCAUAAAUAGUUUUCUGUCCUCUGAGAUCUCCCACUCCCAAAUACUCAAUCUGACUAACUUCACAUAAAAGUUUUAUAUGCCAGGCUCAAUAGUAUUCUUACAAAUUUUGACUCUGAAUCUCUGAAAGAGGAAGAAAUCCAUAAGAGAGAAAACUACUACUUUAUAGCAGGAGGAAACCAUUUUAAGUUUUUUAAUUACUCAUACAUCAUAUCAGGCCAGAUGGAGGAACCAUUUUAGUUGAAGGAGCAAAUAUGAUGUCAAAAGCAAGUAAAACAAUUUUACCCACUGCCCCAAUCUUUUUUAUGUAAUGAAUUUAAAAAAAUAGAGAUGGGCUCUCCUUAUGUUGCCCAGGCUGGUCUCAAAAUCUUGGGCUCAAGCUAUCUGCCUGCCUCAGCCUCCCAAAGUGCUGAGAUUACAGGCGUGAGCCACAACACCUGGCUGAAAUUUUUUCAAAUAAUGUUAAUUCUCUUGUUCCUGUAUCUAUACAUGAACUGCACUAAUACUUUGGAAAUUAAAAAGUGAAACACUUAACCAUUCUCAUAUACUGAUAUCCAACUAGCAUGAAAUGAUACCAAAUUUGUUUUUCUUUCUUCUUCAUUUUUACACUUAAUGUAGUAGGUCUCAUUUUGCCAAGUCACUGUCUGGGAAUUUAAGUGACAAAUGCUUUCUCUAUCUCGGCUAAUUAAACCCUAAAAUUAUUAGCAACAGAACUUCCAGAACAGAGUGUUUUUGAAAGGUGAAGAUGUCUACAUGUGUCAAAUGAGUUCCUUGAUAAGACCUGGAAGACCAACCAAAAAAAAAAAAAAAA